GGGCGACCCUUGCGGCUAACGACAACAACGCUCCUCGGCGGAAGCGUUUGGGUACGGGGUGGCGGCUGCAUGUCGACGGGCACGUCGAACGUACAUGUGCACAUCGGAACCAGCAGACACUGUGCACAUCGGAACCAGCAGACACGCCGUCACAAGAUCGCACUGUUGUCGUCUUCGCAGGCAUACCUUCGUCAUCGACGUCUACGCCGUGCACUCCGGUCGUCACUCGCACCAUCGCUGUAGUGCGCCCCGACACUCUUGGAGUCUUCUGUACUUGGCGGCGUCCAUGUCGACAGUACCAGUUUCGGCCAUGGACAAGAACGGGGAGGGGGGCCGUGACACACUGAGCACGACGGAGAGGAACACUGUUGCCAUUUGCGAUGCUGUGCUGCAGGUGUGCUACGCCAUGUGUUGUGGAGCUUUUCCCAGAGCGACGCCCAGGUGGUGGAUGAAGCGACGGAUGGGGGGGGCGUGGGAGGAUCUGCGGCAUUGCGACGACGCGACAUCCGACUACUGUAAGGAGAAGCUGCGCAUGUCGCCACGUGUGUCCGGAGAGAUCGCGGAAGCUCUGCCACACUUCCUUCAACGACGUGUCACUUUCUAUAGGGAGCCCCUUUUGCCUGAUCACAUUGUUGCGUACGCUUUGUAUAGGUGGGCGUCGGGGGAGAUGUACGAGAGCGGGACAUGCGGCUUCGACAUUGGCAGAUCUUCUGGGUUGGUGGCUGCGUGGGAUGUAACUGAGGCGUUGCUGAGUGCGUACUCCAACAAGAUAUCGUGGCCGACAGGGCUGCAGAAGCCGGUCGUCUUGCGCGCUUUCGCCGACAAGGGUUUCCCUUACUGCCAUGGGUGCAUCGACUGCACCCACAUCUUCAUCGACAAACCAGCGAAUUGCCCCAGGGAGGACUACUACGAUAGAAAACAUUGUUUCUCCGUCCAGGCGCAGGUGGUCGUGGAUCUGAACUUGCGUGUGCUGGACGUGUUCGUCAAUUAUCCAGGAAGUUGCCAUGACUUGAGGAUCGUCCACCUAUUGAGUUUAUGGGCGUGUGCAGAGGCAGGGGAACUUUUCACUGGGCCACCUGUCAUGCUGCCAUUCGGUGUGCAGACGAACGGGUAUUUGCUGGGCGACAAUGGUUAUUCCCCCUCCGAAUGGGUAGUCGUCCCCUAUGGCCGUCUCGCACAACACCCGUCGGAGCUGCGCUUCGACAACAAACAGAAGACGGCGCGGUGAGCAGUUGAGAGAGCUUUCAGGAGACUGAAGGGGAUGUGGAGGUUGUUCCUGCGCUCCCACAAGACGA